AUGAAAAAUGGAAAUAGAGAAGGAAAUGGAAAUGGAAAUAGAGAUAGAGAUAGAAAUGGAAAUGGAGAUGGAGAAGGAGAAGGAGAAGGAGAGGAGAGGAGAGGAGAGGAAGAGGAAGAGGAAGAGGAAGAGGAAGAGGAAGAGGAAGAGGAAGAGGAAGAGGAAGAGGAAGAGGAAGAGGAAGAGGAAGAGGAAGAGGAAGAGGAAGAGGAAGAGGAAGAGGAAGAGGAAGAGGAAGAGGAAGAGGAAGAGGAAGAGGAAAAGAAAAAAGGGUAA